AUGUUAAUUAAAAAUAGUUUGGAACAUCAAGUCCUUCCUGUGCCAUUUCAUUUACUUACAUUAUGGGGUGUUUGGUGCCCAGAGAACUUUAAUCCUUCAAUUAAAAAAGUUUAUUCAGUUUUUACCAUCAUAGUAUUAGCUGUACAAAUGUCUCUUACUUUAGGUGUCAGUAUUUUAUUUGUCAUGAUGAUAAGUUCAAAAAAUUUCGAUUUAGAUAUAUUUUUCAUGAUGACAUCUUUAAUAAAUGGAAUGUAUAAGGCCUUAAAUAUUUUUUAUUAUCGUAAACGUAUUUUAAGUCUUUUGACCAGAGGUUUUGAAGAUCGUUGGCAUGUACCUCGAGACGAUUAUGAAAAAUAUAUUCUUGAAAUUUACUUUAACGAAAGUUGGCGUACACAUCUAAUCUACGCUGUAGCUUGUUUAGCUGGAGUUUUCAUCAAAUUAAUUGGACCCAUGGUGAAGUACGAUACAGAUUUGAAACUUCCAACUCCGUCAUGGUAUCCUUAUAAUACAAAUGAAACAGUGUAUUUCUGGGUGUCUUAUAGUCAACAAAUGUUUGUUGGAGGUUCUAUUAUUUCAAUGCAUAUAGGCGCAGACACGUUAUUAUCUGGAAUGAUUCUUCAAUCUUGUGUGCAGCUCCAAUUAUUGAAACACCGGCUACGUAGUUUUUCAAAACAUUGUAUAGAUGCACACCGUUAUUUAGGUACCAAACUUUCGAAAUCAAGUAUUGAAUCAGUAUUCUUACGACAAUACAUUUGUGACCAUCAAUUAAUUUAUACGUACUUGAAAAUGAUAAAUCAUGAUUUUUCUGGUUGGUUAUUGGCUAUGCUAGCUGUUGUUGUACCCAAUAUAUGCAUAAACGUAUAUCUUUUAUCGUUUCAAAAAAUUGGCAUGAACGUAGAUUUUGUAACGACAUUCGGUUUGUUAUCAAUAUCUCUAUUCCAAAUAUAUUUACCCUGUUGGUAUGGAAAUGGCGUUAUACUACAUAGUACAGAGAUCACAAAUGCUAUAUUUGAAAUGGAUUGGACUGAUUUAUCACCGUUUACGAGAAAAGCCUUAAUAAUCAUGAUGAUGCGCUCGUUGAAACCAAGUAAAAUAGAGACUGCUCACAUUAUACCUAUAAAUAUAAAAGCACUUUUAAAGAUCAUGAAGACAUCAUAUUCUUUUUUGAGUGUAUUGCAACAAAUGUAA